CAAAGGAGUCUGCUCGAUAGAUACUCCUGCUGCGUACUAAGAGCGGGGAAUCUAUCGCUCCUGGCUCGUCUUUGUCAGCUGCAAAGCGGCUGCAAGCAACACACGACCAACAUCCACCCUCCGCCUCGUCCUCGCCCCUCGUCCUCGUCAACCCUUAGCCGCUGAGCCGCCCUCACAAUGGGCUUCCUUCGAGAUGGCAUUCCUCGCAAGGAGAACGGCAAGAUCGACUUCCGACCCAAGGUAUACCACGGUCACUACCUGCUUCUGGUCAUCCUCGGCUUCCUCCUGCCUCCUCUGGCCGUAGCCGCUCGCUUUGGUAUUGGCAAAGACUUUUUCAUCAAUUGUGUUCUGACUCUCUGUGGCUACAUUCCCGGGCACGGCCACAACUUCUUUGUGCAGAACAUCAGAGACAACCGCAAUCGCGGCCGCACGCCCAAGUGGGCUAUCCGAUAUGGCCUUGUAAACGACGACUACCUCAAGAAGCAAAAGAAGAAGCGCCAGUGGGUCGGUCGCUACAAUCAUGAGAACUCCAGCCGAGUCAUGGUUGACGAUGACGGCAACGAGUUCCGCUACGAUCGCGACCACACCUUCGAAGACGGGGAAGGACCAGCCCAGCCUCGCAGGCGCGAUGAUCCGACUCUGCUCGCAGACGAGCGCUACUACAACGAGCAUAGGCCCGGCCCAUCUGCGCGCGAUAGCAGCGACCCCUAUUCGCUGCGGCGCAAUUCCAGCAGCAGCGGUGGUGCAUUUGGAGGCGCACCUGGAGCAGGAGAGGCGGAGCGUAGAAAUGCUCGCAACAGGUCCAAGGGACGCGCCUUCCUUGGCAGCAGGAAGAAGUCGGACCGCCAUGCCCUUGCAGGCGAGGCCAUGGGUGACCCGUACACAAAUGGGUAUGGCAACGGCACGGGCAGUCGUGAUGACUCGUUCAGCUCGAGUCUUGACGGCCGACCCAGUGCGGGCGGAAGAUACGAUAGCUUCGAUGACGAAGGACCAGAGGACGCUGAUGCGAGAUACAGGCCGGGAGGCAGCUCAGGAAGGGCUGGUAAUGGGAGUACUAGGUACGGACCUAGCGGUUCAGGUGGCUCGGCAGGCUACGGUGCGGGCGCUUCCUCUGGCCGUAAGGCUACCGGCUCGUCCUCGUCGGGCAGGGUGGCCAACGACGGGCUCGACCACAAUUUCUAGGCUGCGAGGCAAGCAAACACGCCGAGCUGGCCCAUGCAGCACUCACUCGUCUCUUGGCCUCGCCACAGGCGCGUAGGCCGACGUUCUCUCUCGAUGAUAUCUUAUGUGCAGCUGGCUCCCGUCGGCUGAAUUUCGCCUCUUCCUUGUCCAAUUGUAAAUGGCUCACCUUGUUCUCCGGCGCUAAAGCAAAGACUUGAGACUGGCCG